AUGUCUCAAGCACUGUCAAAUGUAAGCCUCUCUGUUCCUCUGUCAUCAAAAAGAGCUUCUUCAAGAAUCCCUUAUGGCAUACCACUUAGCUACACCCACAAACGCAAGAGCAGCAAUAAAAUGAAUGUCGUUGCAGCACAGAGCAAAGACAAUCUUGACCACUUGCAGAGAGCCAUCAAGAAUCCCCAACAAUCCCAGCAUAAGAAAAGAGUAGCCCCUGCAGCACCGAUAGGGUUAUGGGACAGGUUUCCUAAUGCGAGAACAGUGCAGCAGAUGAUGGAGACAAUGGAGAGUAUGGUGGAGGACCCAUUUGUCUAUUCAGGUGGAUGGCCAUUUCCAUUACCUGUGGAGGGAAGUGGGUACAGCAGAGGAAGAACACCAUGGGAAAUUAAAGAGGAAGAGAACGAGUACAAAAUGAGGUUUGACAUGCCAGGAAUGACCAAAGAAGAUGUGAAAGUUUGGGUCGAGGAGAAGAUGCUGGUGGUUAAGGCUGAGAAGGUGGCCAAGAAGAAGGUGAAUGGUGAAGAGAAUGCAGAAGAAGAGGAGGGAGAGUGGUCUGCUAAGAGCUAUGGUAGGUAUAGCAGUCGAAUUGCCUUGCCAGAGAAUAUUCAAUUUGAGAAGAUUAGAGCUGAAGUUAAAGAUGGGGUUUUGUAUAUAACUAUCCCUAAAGCUAGUGCCACUGCCAAGAUACUUGAUAUUAAUGUUCAGUAA